AUGGAUCACAUAGACUUACCCGUCAUCACAACCGAGGACCCGGAUUCUAAAAAGCCACUCAGCCCAGAGGAGUGCUCACCUGACUAUUUUCCAGAAGGCGGGUUUAGAGCUUGGGCUACUGCAUUUGGAGGCUUUCUUGUGCAAUUUUGCACGUAUGGAUACACGAUGUCGUUUGGCGUUUAUCAAGAUUUCUAUAGUCGGACUUACAUAACGAACCAAUCUCCCUCAACAAUUGCCUGGAUCGGCAGUAUCAACGCCUUUCUUUUCGAAAUUUGUGGCUUGGUAAGUGGGCAGCUUUAUGAUCGAGGAUAUGUCCGUCAAUUGGUUAUAGGCGCAUCUCUUCUUCAAGCAGUCUCGCUUUUCAUGCUGUCACUCGCCAAACCUGAUCAGUACUACCAAGUAUUCCUUUCGCAGGGCAUCGGGUCAGGCUGCGCUGCCGGUUUGCUCUAUAUCCCCUGUAUGGCUGUUGUUUCGCAGUAUUUUCACAAACGACGUGAAUUGGUGAUGACUUUCGUCGCUUCAGGAGCUUGCCUAGGCGCUGUGGUGCAUCCAAUCAUGUUAAACAAUACCCUGAAUGGCCGCAUUGGAUUUGCAAAUGGAGUUAGGGCUAGCGCUGCCCUCAUUAGCGGUUUGCUGUUCAUAGCAUGUUUCCUGAUCAAGCCGAGGUUCCCCCCAUCUAAGGCAUCAACAACAUUUCUUGCAACCGCAAGGAAAUGUGCUCAUGAUUCCGCAUAUAUAUGUGGAACUGCGGGAUUAACCAUUUUUGCUGUUGGAUUCUACUAUCCCCUAUUCUACCUUCAGCUCGACUCCACUUUGCAUGGUCUCAGCAAAACAUUCUCCUUCUAUUCACUUGUAAUCAUGAACACAUCGAGUUUUGUAGGACAGCUAACAAGUGGCUUGCUCGUUGAAUACUUUGGUGUCCCAGGAGUCAUGACGGUUGCCACGUUUUCUGGCACUGUCUUACUUUUUGCCUUGAUCGGGUUACGCACCCUAGCCAGUGUGGUGGUAAUUGGUAUUCUUUACGGGUACAGCGCUGGAAUUUUUCAAGCGCUAUGGGCACCGAUUCUGGCUGUCUUAUCGCCAGACCCAUCUGACCUAGGAGCCCGCAUGGGCAUUUCCUAUGCCUUUAUGGCUCUCGGAGGGUUGAUAGGCCCACCGAUAUCAGGAGCAUUAUUAACAGGUGAUUACAUCUGGUGGCGCGGCGCAGUUUUUAAUGGGAUUAUGGCUGCAAUUGGGUGCUCAUGUUUCAUCGCAGUGCAGGUAGUACUCAGGCAUCGGGAUCAUGUUUCUCAGUAA